AUGGGUAUCUCCAGAGACUCUCGCCACAAGCGCGCGGCCACCGGUGCCAAGCGUGCCUACUACCGGAAGAAGCGCGCUUUCGAGGCCGGGCGCCAGCCCGCCAACACCCGUAUCGGUGCCAAGCGUGUGCACGUUGUGCGCACGCGUGGCGGCAACCACAAGUACCGUGCUCUGCGUCUUGAGGCGGGCAACUUCUCGUGGGCGUCGGAGGGCGUCACGCGCAAGACCCGUGUGAUCGGCGUGGUGUACCACCCGUCGAACAACGAGCUGGUCCGCACCAACACCCUGACGAAGUCGGCGGUGAUCCAGAUCGACGCGGCACCUUUCCGCCAGUGGUACGAGGCGCACUUCGGCCAGGCUCUGGGCCGGCGGCGGCAGCAGAAGCAGGCCGGUGCCGCGGCCGAGGAGCCGGUGAAGAAGAGCAACUCGGUCGAGAAGAAGCAGGCCGCUCGCUUCGCCGCCAGCGGCAAGGUCGACAGCGCGCUCGAGCGCCAGUUCGAGGCCGGUCGCCUGUACGCGGUCGUGUCCAGCCGUCCGGGCCAGUCUGGCCGUGCCGACGGAUACAUUCUCGAGGGCGAGGAGCUUGCGUUCUACCAGCGCAAGCUGCACCGGUAA